AUGCACUUAAUUGCAUUUACGCUGCGCAUCACAAUUUUCAGAGCGUUUUGGACUAUGACCGUCAUGUGCGCCGUCCUGUUCGCCACUUACGCAAUCAUCGAAUCAUGGAAGACGUACAACGAGAGUUCGAUCGACACGGUGGUCGAGACGACUUUUUUAAGCUACGCCAAAAUAGCAUUUCCCAUGGUGGUGAUAUGUGACAGUUCGAGGGUGGAUUGGGAACGCGUAAUGCGAUUAACGCCAAGAGACGUGCCAGGGACCGAUCCAGACCUGUUGCCCGCCGUGAGGAAAGUGUUGAAAACGUUCUCGGUGAUGUCAUACGGAGAUUUUGACGAUUUCGACGAGUUAUGGAAUGUGACGGAACUUUCAAAGCUGAACCAUCUGAACCUAACUGAACUAUUAUUAAAGAUAACAAAAUAG